CGCUUCCGCUUCCACCAUCUUGCCGUGAGACAGCAGCAAGCAGGGAACUGGUGGAUUUGGAGCAACGAUGCUGUCGGCCGCUAGCUACGUUGAGCCUGUAUUCGGAUUGCCCAGAGAAAUUAGAGAGAGCUCUGCGGUGCAACGUCGCUUCUCUCCGUAUACUUUCAAUGGCGGGACCAUAUUGGCAAUUGCUGGUGAAGACUUUGUUGUUGUCGCUUCAGACACCCGACUGAGUGAAGACUAUGCAAUUCAUAGCCGGGACAGCCCUAAAUGUUACAAGCUGACAGAUACAACAGUUAUUGGCUGCAGUGGAUUUCAUGGAGACUGUCUUACCCUUACUAAAAUCCUCGAAGCAAGAUUGAAAAUGUACAAGCAUUCCAAUAAUAAGAUCAUGAGUUCAGGAGCAAUUGCAGCCAUGCUUUCUACAAUCCUGUACUCGCGACGCUUCUUCCCUUAUUAUGUUUACAACAUAAUUGGUGGAUUGGAUGAGGAAGGGAAAGGUGCAGUAUACAGUUUUGAUCCAGUAGGAUCUUACCAGAGAGAUAGUUUCAAAGCUGGUGGAUCAGCUAGUGCUAUGCUGCAACCUCUGCUGGACAAUCAGGUUGGCCUCAAGAACAUGCAGGGUGUGAAACAAUUGCCUUUGUCCUUGGAAAAGGCUUUGCAGCUGGUAAAGGAUGUCUUCAUUUCUGCUGCAGAAAGAGAUGUUUAUACAGGAGAUGCACUAAAGAUCUGCGUUAUCACAAAAGAUGGAAUUAAAGAAGAAAGCUUUCCAUUGAGAAGAGAUUAAUCACUGCACCAUUCAGUUAAAAUGCUUGGUCUCUAACAGUCAUUUUUAUGCAGAUUGUUUACAGGUAGCAUGUUAACAUCUGAUAAAUUAAAAUAAGGGGAAAAAUUGAUGCUUCAUGCUUAAUGUUUCAUGACAUGUUCUACAAAUAGAAUUUGGGUUAUGUGACCUCAGCUUAUGGAGAGAAUCUAUUCAUUUGUACAAUCUAAAAGUUUAUUAUUUGAAUCAGGAUACAAAGAAUUUCUUAAACAUCCCAGGGUUCAUUCCUUUCCAUUUCUAUAGGCAAGCUGAUUGGGGAUUCUGGAAAUUUCAACAUUUCUAGAAGUUACAUUGCCUAAAAGUAGCCAUGUGAAUGAAGUUAAAUGCAUAUCUAUAUAUAAUAUGCAUUUAAAAAAAAUGAAAUAGUAGCAGCUGAGGAACUGACAUUUCUUGGUACCAAUUAUAAAAAAAAAAAAGAUGGACGAUGUGUAAUUUUCCUGUCAGCAUUAUACAGUAGAAGUGAGGAUUUUUUUUUUUUUAACUGCCUUGCUAAAGUCCUGGAAUUCCCUACCGGGCUUCUAAUUAAGUACUAGCUUCUAAGCAUAGAUACCAACCAUAUGAUGCCACAUAGCAUAAAUGCAAUAUAUGUUAAUGUAUUUGAUUGGCUCAAAAUAUAUUUUAACAUCUCUAAUACACAUGUCCUUCCCAUGAAAUAUCUUCUAGGCACAUGGGCAAGAUUUAAAAAAAAUGUUUCCCCCCCCCUAAGGUUAAUUAUUUAAACAUUGUUUACUAAUGUUUAGUUAAAAAGUUCAGCAACAGUGACACGGGUGUCUGCAGAAAAACCAAGGUUUUGUCAAAGUGAAGAAACUUGUAUAAUGUCAUCAUAAAACAAGUUCCAUCCCUUACAUACUUGAAAGCUAGUGAUGAAGCAAGGAAGGAAGGAGUAGACUUUGCAUUGUGAUACUGCAGUGUGUAUUUCUUCAUUUGCUUUUCUUCCUCCGCUUCUCAGAUUUCCAUGUACAGUGUUAUGUAUCUCACUCACUCUGGCUUGGAAAUUGUUUCAAAAUAUUUUGUGCAAGUUAUCAGCAAACUUCUGAUUAUGAGAUUAAGGUGCUUGACACCUUUGGUAAUCUAUUAAGGACUGUAGAUAUAAGCAACCUGCUGUUGGCUAAUUGCAGCUAAACAAUGCAUGGCCAUGGCUGCAACUUGGCAAUAAAGGUCAUGUGUACAGAAGAACUCCAUAUUAAGUCUCCAGCAUCUCCAGAACAAAACUGGACAAAUGGUCUGAGUGCCAUCACUCAUCAGUGUUGAUAAUACUGGGCUAGAUUAGGGUGGGCAACUAUGACAACACUGCAACCUGUGGACUUUAACUCCCAGAAUUUCUGAGCCUACAUGCGUAAAGUUACCAUAGUUGGUCACCACUGGGCUAGAUCGUUCUUUAUUUAACAGGAAGAAUGUCUUGUAUAUAUUUGCUUUUGUAAGUACAAUAUGAAUGGAAUUCAGGUAUCUUUUACCUAGAACUUCAACUUACAUUCUUCUAUGAUACUGUACAUGAAAGCAGAGAGUAAGAUCUGUGCCUCUGUAAAGAGGUGGUUCUUUCAUUAAAAUUGGAAACUAGA